GAGAGUUCCACAUUCAGAAGGGUGGCCGUACUGGUGUGUCUUUCCACCACCCUGUUCACAAAAGUGCAGCUUUCGGUCCGAAAUACAUUUCCUAGAGAAUCGAAUCUGGCUCUGGGGCGAAGCCAUAAUUCUGAUAUCAGAAGGGAGUCUUAGGAUGGACACCGAAAUUAGGGUUUGACUGUCCCGUAACCUGGCCUGAGGUGGUUGUCGGGCAGGAAGGGGAAGUGUGCCUUUAAUCGACAGCGGAAGUGUGGCAUUAAGGGAAUCAGUCUCAGAAUCUAGUUUUGAUUGGUUGAGGUGGGAGGCGUGGCCUCAUACGUAGACUAUGAUUGGUCAGUAGCGCGGUUCUGGUUAAAGUACGAGCGUUGAGGGAGUCGGAAGUGUGGCGUACACCAAUUUCUGUUACACCGGAAGCGUGGCUGUCCUUUAAACGUGUGGCGUGUUGGACCUAGGGAGCAGCUGGAGAUAGUGUCCCCCAACAGAUUUGACGACGGUAUCUGAUCUGAGUGGAAUUGUAGCCUCCGGCCAGAUUCCUCGAUUUUCAUAGACAACGGCGGGUGUCGGAGUCUGUUGAGGGCCCGGGAAGCAGGCCCCAGAGUUCAGGUCCCAGCAAAGGCUCCCCCACGUCGGGGUUGCUGGGGACGCCUAGGUCUCUUCCCCGGGGCCAUGGCGGACUUGAAGCUGCUGGUGCCGGAGCUGAACGAGGCGGAGGAAAUGGGCGCUGAGACGGCACGUUUCCAGGAGCUGCUGCUGCAGGCCUCCAAGGAGCUCCAGCAGGCCCAGACAAGCAGACCAGAAUCAACACAGAUCCAACCCCAACCAGGCUUCUGCGUAAAGACCAACUCAUCGGAAGGGAAGGUUUUCAUCAACAUCUGUCACUCUCCCUCCAUCCCUCCUCCGGCUGACAUGACCGAGGAUCAGCUGCUUCAAAUGCUGGAGGAGGACCAAGCCGGGUUUCGCAUCCCCAUGAGUCUGGGAGAGCCUCAUGCCGAACUCGAUGCAAAAGGCCAGGGUUGUACCGCCUACGACGUGGCUGUCAACAGCGACUUCUACCGGAGGAUGCAGAACAGCGAUUUCCUGCGAGAGCUGGUGAUCACCAUCGCCAGGGAGGGCCUGGAGGACAAAUACAGCCUGCAGCUGAAUCCAGAGUGGCGCCUGUUGAGGAACCGGCCUUUUAUGGGCUCCAUCUCCCAGCAAAAUAUCCGCUCCCGCCAGCGUCCUCCGAUCCAGGAGCUGGGGAACGUGUUUACCGCUGACGCCUUGAGACCCGAGGGAAGCCCUGAGAAGCCGCACCUGAACCUCUGGCUGGAAGCCCCCGACCUCCUUUUGGCGGAAAUUGACCUCCCCAAACUGGAUGGAGCUCUAGGGCUGUCGCUGGAGAUCGGGGAGAACCGCCUGGUGAUGGGGGGCCCCCAGCAGCUGUACCAUCUGGAUGCCUACAUCCCCCUGCGGAUCAACUCUGAUGAGAGCAAGGCGGCCUUCCACCGGAAGAGAAGGCUAAUGGUGGCGAUGCCCCUUCUGUCCGCGCCUUCUUGACCCGGCGUCGCCCUGGGCUUCCAGGUGGGGAGGAGGUGAUCGCUUCUCUAAAACCGAAAUAAAAGAGUUUGCCUUUA